AUUUACAUUGCGUUUAGAAAUAUAGAAUCUUAAAUUAAUAAAUUAUACAUUGAAGAUAUUAAGUAUAAAUACAUUUAGUUGAUUUUUUUUAAGCAUUUAAAAAAUACAUAUAUAAAAAUACUUUCCUUGAAACAGACGGAACACCCAUCAAGCAUAUCACCAAUUUCUCACUUUCCUUCUUCACAGAACCUGAUCGUAUCAAAAUUUUUUUCGUUGUAUCAUCAUAUGACCCAUUACUAAAAUACCGGCAACAUUAAAUUCACCCACCAUAUUACUCCUCUUUACUUUGCCAUUGACAGCGACAAAAUUGAAAGUCCAUAUGUACAACUGUAUAAGAAGCUCGGAUAUUUUCUUCCACAGAACUCGCACCUCUCAUGUUUCUCUAAUCUAUAUGCUUUUAAGAUUCUUAGCUCCAAAAUAUCCUCAUCCUUUCAACUAUUCAAUAUCUCUGUAUUGAAUUCCCUGAAGCUAGACUGACAUGGAUACAGCACUAAACUUACCCACCUCCUUCAUUAUGUUUCUCUCCAUGUAUCUCCUUGCUUACUUUGUGAUUUUCAGAAGCUGGAGUCCAAAACGCAGAGCAGAAGUUUCAAGUUGUUUCAUUUCCAUAAUUCACGGCACUCCUGCUGUUAUUUUUGCCAUCCAGGCGCUACUCCACACCCAAAAUUCACAUUCAUAUGCUUCUUCAAACUCCACCUUCCACAACAGAGCUCUUGAGUUCAGCAUGGCUUAUUUCUUGAUGGACCUCUUACACUACAUUGUGUUCUUCCCUACUGAUGUUCUCUUCAUUCUUCACCAUCUGGCAACACUCUAUGUAUUUGUGACUUGCCGAUACAUGGUUCACUAUGGAGCUUAUGGGAUUCUUGUGCUUCUUAUACUUGCUGAAGCUACAAGUCUUUGCCAAAAUGUGUGGACUAUCGCAGGUUUCAGGAAAGCUGAUGUUCCUGCUGCUGCAAGAUUGUAUGAAUUCCUUUCUCCUCCUUUUUUAGCUUUUUAUUCUGUUGUUAGAGGUAUUCUUGGUCCCCUCUUUGUGUUGAAGAUGGUUAAGUUUCAUCUAACUGGAGAAGCUAAUAAUUUGAUUCCUGGAUGGGCAUGGAUUUCUUGGAUGGUUGUGAUAGUAACUGCAAUUUUGGUUAGCAUAUUAUGGGUUUCAAAUCAUUGGAUAGACUGGUUGAGAGAAAGAAGUCGUCUUGCGCAGGAGAAAGUAAAGUAGAAUUCUACUACAUAUUACUUGGAAAUGUUGAAAGGGAGAUAAGAUCAUUUCCCGUGUGUUAAUUUAUGUUACCAGAUUGCUCUCUCUUGGUUUAUGAGAGAGAAUUUCUCUCAAACCCCUGGUUCCAGACGUCUCUCUACUCUCGGCUUCUUCUCCUCGUCGGCUUCCCUUGCCUUCGGACAGGGGAAGAUUUUGUUUCUCUGACCUAGCUAUGCAAGACAACCCUCCCCAUCUGGGUUUGUUGUAUAUGGGUUUUAGUUUGGUUUGCGCCUGUCUACAGGUCUGGAGGACACAGAGAGGGCAACUUUCGAAAACCUGUGUGCUAAUUUUUGGAUCUGCUUGUGUUGGAUAGGUUGCCGAUAAUGGGUUGGUCUCCUGGAGGAAGCCUAGCUGUACUGUUAGUGGGUAUCUCUUAGGUCAAUAAGUUGCCAUUUUCUUUCACACUCACCGCACUAGCUCUGGCUCAAGGAGACCAGGCGGGAUUGCAAGGGAGUCUUGUUAAUUGUUGUUAUCGUCUGCUAGGGUUCUAGUAUCUAGAUUUGGGGAUUUUUGUAAUUGAUUGGGUUUUGGGUCUCAAAUGCCUUUUUCUGUAUUGAAUCAGUUGUAUUGUUAGCCCUAUAGCCUUGUUAAUGCAAAAGCUUGUAGUUAAAAAAAAAGAUAAAGAAUGCUCCAAGCCAUUGAUUUUCCAGUUA